CUCUCUCUAUCUCUCUCUCUCUCUCUCUCUCUGGAUAAACGCGCAAGUACGGCGAGCGAGUCAGACGUGCGCAGACACACACAGAAGAGUACGCACAUGUGACACAUUACUACAUUUGGGAGCAGAAUGUCUGUGAAUGCGCCCAGCAGCAGUGAUGCAUGUUUAAGCAUCGUUCACAGCCUCAUGUGCCACCGCCAGGGAGGAGAGAACGAGAGCUUCGCCAAACGUGCCAUCGAAAGCCUGGUGAAGAAACUCAAAGAGAAAAGAGAUGAGCUCGACUCCCUCAUCACUGCCAUCACCACAAAUGGAGUCCAUCCAAGCAAGUGUGUCACCAUACAAAGAACACUGGAUGGACGUUUGCAGGUGGCUGGGCGGAAGGGUUUCCCUCAUGUCAUAUACGCUCGUCUGUGGCGAUGGCCGGACCUUCACAAGAAUGAACUCAAGCAUGUCAAGUUCUGUCAGUAUGCUUUUGAUCUGAAGUACGAUAACGUGUGUGUGAACCCCUACCACUAUGAGCGCGUGGUGUCCCCUGGGAUUGUGGGAUUCAGUUUGCCAAACACAGGCAGGCUGAUAAAAGAAGAGCACAUACAUGACUGCAUCCAGAUGGAGGGUCCAUCUAGUAUGCCCCUACAGCAAGACCAUCAUCCUCCAGAUCACUACAGCCCACAGCCGCUGAGACUAAUGUCCCCAGAGCCGCCCCAUCGGACCCCUUCCUCAGUCACCCUCUACCCCAACCUGCCCCUCUCUCCACCCUCAAGUGCAUCCAGGUUGUCAAUGCAGGCAGAACGCCCUGAGGGACUGUUGCAGAUCGCCUCACCAGCGGGACGGGCUUUGACCUCCAGCUCCCCGCCUUCCACCCCAACACACAGUCACGCACCCACACACAGCCAGCCUUCGUCCCAACAGCCCUCCGUCAGCCAGAGUGAAUACAGCACCUCCAAGCACACACAGACACAGGGGUCUUACCACACAACAACCUGGACUGGGACCAGCACAGCUUCCUAUACUCCUGCUGGACCACAGCAGAAUGGGCGGAGUCAUCAGCAAGCCCCUCCCCCUCAUACCAGCCACUUCUGGUCUCAGCAUCACACACCAGCCUCAUAUCCUCAACCAGUUUCCAACCAUCCAGGCCCAGAGUUCUGGUGCUCAAUCUCUUACUUCGAAAUGGACGUGCAGGUCGGGGAGAUGUUUAAGGUUCUAGCGAACUGUCCUGUGGUGACGGUGGAUGGAUAUGUGGACCCUUCGGGCGGAGACCGCUUUUGUCUGGGUCAGCUUAGUAAUGUUCACCGAACUGAUGCUAGUGAGAGGGCAAGGCUUCACAUUGGUAAAGGUGUUCAGCUGGAGUGCCGUGGGGAAGGGGACGUGUGGAUGCGUUGCCUCAGUGACCAUGCUGUCUUCGUGCAAAGUUACUACCUGGACAGAGAGGCAGGGAGAGCGCCAGGGGAUGCCGUUCACAAGAUCUACCCAGGAGCCCUCAUUAAGGUGUUUGAUCUUCGUCAGUGUCACAGGCAGAUGCAGCAGCAAGCGGCGACUGCGCAGGCAGCUGCAGCUGCACAGGCUGCAGCAGUGGCUGGGAACAUUCCGGGGCCUGGCAGUGUUGGAGGAAUUGCUCCAGCCAUCAGUCUGUCAGCGGCAGCAGGGAUAGGUGUGGAUGACCUGCGGCGUUUGUGUAUCCUGCGGCUGAGUUUUGUAAAGGGCUGGGGACCCGACUACCCUCGACAGACCAUCAAACAGACACCGUGCUGGGUAGAAGUUCAUCUACACCGUGCCCUGCAGCUGCUGGACGAGGUCCUGCACACCAUGCCCCUCGCUGACCCCUGGACCUGCCAACUGACCCACAGACUGCAAAAUAUAGAAACCCUGUCACCAAAACAGGGAGGACGACAGAGAGAAUGAGAGACACACACCUGCAGAAGCAAACAGUGACUCAUAAUACCACAUACACACACAAGCCAUCACACUCACAGUCUUUCCACAGCCUUGGCCAGCAAAGUGCCUCUGAGCUGACCAGUGUUUAGUCCACUCUUGGGUGCUGUUGACUUGGUUGUCACAGCAACACAGACCAAAGGCCCUGCUGAUGAGUUCACACUAAUGGAGGUCCAGAAGAGGUGAAUGUAAGUUGGUUAAGAGGAAGAGUGAGAUCAUUAUAGAUCCAUAUUUAAUCCUCAGAGACUCAAGCAUAUCAGACCCAUUUCAGCACACAAAUGUUUUUGAAAAAUAAUAAUAAUAGCGGGGUCAACGAGCAAUUCCUAUAGUUUUACACAGUCCAUAUGUGGCGGGAUCAAACCGGGAAAAACAGUUCAAACGAUGCAUCUGUGACGAUGUGUAACAAAAUUCCAUUCAAAUGGAAAAAAUCAUGGCUACCAACGUAACACAAGAGGCCAUCAGUCUUACGGCCAAACAAGAUUUAUGAGAAAAUUAUUCAAUACAUGAUUCAAAGCACAACACUCACCACAAUUAUACACAGAACACACAACAUUGGUCCACGUUAGCCAGACCAGAUGGGGGUACACAGGGCAUAGCACGGUGAGAAGGUGGACACCUACUUGUCGGCAGUGUCCAGAAUGAACCAACAUAGUAAGAUCCAGGCUGAGGGCUCGUGAAACUACAUGAAGUGAGGCUGCGUAGCACCACGAUAGCCAAACCCGAGACAAACAAUAGAUAUACCAGUCACGAUGACUCAAUGAGAAAGUGGAGACUCACCAACACUUUCAAGCGGUACACACAUACCAUCGAUCUGGGGAAAGGGCUUGCGGGGGUGGGAGGCGUGAACGAGUUCACAACAAAAAUAGUUACACAAAAAAAAAAAAACCAGACAAAAGGGAAAGCGAGGGUGAAGAGAAGCAGCUGCCGCGAUGCGCACCGGUUACUCAACGGAAACGGGUUCAACAUGUGUCUUAUGUAUUUAACUUAAAACAAUCUUCACAUAAGCCCAUUAUAAUAAAUGUAUAUAGCCACCUGUGCCCUUUAGAAAGAAAAUAUAGCCUAAUUUAAUAACGUUAUCAAACACUAAAUUCUAAAUUAAAUAAAGAUAAGCUUAAAACUACAGAAGUUAUUGAUCUCGUUUUAAUUGGUCUUUGAUUAAUAGACAUCACACCAGCUGGUUAUUAGGAUGUUUGGCUGCUGUUACUUUAAAAGGUGCUGCUGCUGAACCUGAUGAGGAUCUGACACUGCUUUAAAUUUGACUCAUAAAUAAUACUCACAUGCACAGUUUUAAGACAGCUUUAAUCAUCUUUUUUCUAACUUCAUGUCUUAACAGACGACAUUGCUACGACAUUGCAUACUCGUAGUUUAAUUUGGGUUUGAAUAUGAUACAGCGCCUUAAUAUAGCUUAAUACACCGCGCGUCGGCACGUUUGUUGUGAGCACGCGCUACGAGCACAGUAUAACGGCUGACAGGACAGGAAGAUGCGUUUUUACUGACAUAUGACCUGACCACACCUCAUCUAACCACAGUUCACUGUUGUUCCACUCGUCACCGGCACUGUUUCCGCGCUCGUUUGACCCGCGCCUGGCGCUGAGGUGACGUUGGAGCGCGCGUCUGAAAAGGGGGUGAAUGAAGACCUCAUGAAGCGAAUCAAUGCAUUUGUGUAAGAAAAAUAUAUAUAUUUAAAACUUUAUAAACAUAAUCUCUACACUGUAAAAAACAAUUUGUUGAGUCAACUUAAAAUAAUUUGUAACCUUACUGCCUUAAAAUUUUUAAAAAGUUUAUUCAACUUGAAAUGUUAAAUUAUACUAAGUGACAACUUAGAUAUUUGAGUUGAAUCAACUUAAAAUUUUAAGGCAGCUGGGCUACUUACCCAUCUGUUAAGUUUAGCAAACACAAAUAUCUAAGUUGUUACUUAGUACAACUUAACAUUUCAAGUUGACUGAACUUAUUUUAGUUGACUGAACUUAAAAUUUUAAGGCAGCAGGGUAACAAAUUAUUUUAAGCUGACUCAACAAGUUGUUUUUUAUUUUUUACAGUGUAGCUUCUGUUAACUGUUGUACGCACAUACACGAGAAAGUAGCAUUCCAGUGGAUGAAAUAAUUGGGUAUUAUUAAUUGCUUUAUACACACAUUGCCAUUCUGCUGGGUCUCUGAGGUUUAAAGCUCUGAAUCAAUCUGAUUUAUCGUAGCUCUUCAAGUGGCAUCUGAUCAGAUUGCUGAGUGCAGGCAGGACGUCCAGGAAUAAAUGCAUUUAAAAGCAGCUAACAGAAAGGACAGAAAAUAUGCUUUGUUCUACAAGGCAGUAUAUUUUAUCUGACAAAUCUUGAAAUGAGACCAAAGACUCAAUGAGACUCAAUAAGAUAAAAGAAUCUGCAGUUUUAAUGACAAUCGACUUAUGAAUGCCAUAAUAGUUUAUAAUUCAGUGAUACAGAGAUAAACGUUUUGUUAGCAGUUUGUUUUUUGUCUGCUAGGCUAUACAUGAGAGAUAUUAAACAGUCAGUGCUGAACUAUGUGCCAAAACAGUCUGACACUUCCAUACAUGCUGAAAUGCCUUUAUAAGCCAUGACACUGAGACAGAAGCGACCACCUAGUGGUUAUUUCAAGUAUUGCAUUCACUCAUACGCAGCCUUGCAUUUUAGACAUGACUUCGUUUAAGCUUUAUAUAGUACAAACUGCAUUUAAUUCAAGGAUUCUAUGAGAGGAUGUGCUAUAUUGUGAAUAUGACAAAGGGAUUUGUUAGUCAGGCCUCUGAGAGAUGGAUUUUCUAAAUUCUCUUUGCCAAA